GUUCAGUAAUUAACAAAAUUCUGAAUCCACGUACAGUUUGCCAAAUCCGCUUACAGUUGCGGAACCCAGAACAACAAGCUAUAUUUGUUUGUUGAGGAAUCCGCAACAAAACGAAUGUGCUGACAAAAUUUACGUUACAGAAUGUUUUUGCAAUUGGCAGCCGUGUUGAUGAUAAACAGCAGAAGCAUCACAAUGAAGAUUGGUGGUUUUGACCAAUUGAAAAUCCAAAAGCGAUAUUCUAAUGCUUUCUUCAAAGGUCAUCCUAUCAUGAAAGUAAUACUGGACUCACAUACAAACUUCCGAGCCAAAGCAGGCCUGCAACUAAUUUCAUACGACGAUGACUUGGCAAAUCAGGCCGACAUGGAGGCUGCGUACAUAACAGUGGAAAACCCCAUUUCCUGCACUCGAAAAUUCGAUCAUUCAGAUGUGCUCAAGAUUUCGCUACCUGCCAAAAAGCAAGGGGUAAAUACGGCAGAGGUGAAAGGUUACGACAAAAGAGAUGUAUCCGUCCAAGAUGUCGAAAAAGUGGUGAUGAAUUGGUAUGAAACCCGAAGGACAUACCAGUUUCCAGGAGGCAAUCAACCAUUUGAGUCCUGCAGUAAUGAAUCGUCCGUAAAAGAUUAUGGAUUGUUCACGCAGAUCAUGUGGGCAAACAGCACACGAGUGGGUUGCGGGGUAGCGCCAUUUAUUGAGUGUGCCAAAAAUCUUCUUGUGUGCUUAUACGAACCUCAAGGAAACAUCAAAGAGCAUGCUUUAAUGACUGACGAAAACUUUGCUGAGCUUCAAGAAUCUGCAGAAAACGUACAAACAUGUAAGAGGAGUGAACCGAUAGCAAGCACUGGUUAUUCGACGAGCUGUGUAGUUAUAGAAACAAUAACUGCAGUUUUUUUUCUGACUGACGUUUAAAGCAAAAAAGAACAUUCGGCAGGGAAAUCGUCUAAUGAAGAAAACUUUUUGAUUACACAAAAGUUUGUGUAUAACUUCAUCACUUAA